UACACUUUUUUUAAAACCUCACCCAGAACCAAUACAAUCAUCGGUACGUACACAGAUUGUGUGCGGUGCAGUGCCCACUCCUCUCCCCGUCCACGGUAAACAAAGCGCACAACACAAAUAAAUUCACCCUUCCCUCUCACUCUCCACUGAACUUACCACCAACAAGCGGAACAGAAAAUGAAACAUAUCAAAAUGGCACCACCAAAACCAACCACUCUACUCUUUCUCCUACUCCACCUAUUCUCCGCCGCGCCAUUUACCGCUCCGGCCAUCGACUACCACCGCGUAAACCUCCGCGACAUCGCGUUUGAACCCUCUCAUCACCACCACCACCACCAUAUUCACAACAUCAGCAAACCGUCGCGUAAUGGUACUGCUAACAAGCACGAGCUCUCCCUAACUCUCCUCCACCGCGACGCGGUCUCCGGCCGCAGCUACGCCUCGCACCGCGACCGCGUCGCGGACCUCUUGAGCCGCGACUCGGCCCGCGCCGCAUCCAUUACGCUCCGCCUAUCGCCCGAGUACUACUACCACGUCGACGACUUCGGGUCGGAGGUGGUCUCCGGCUUGGACGAGGGCAGCGGCGAGUACUUCGUCCGCGUCGGCGUCGGCAGCCCGCCCAAAGACCAGUACCUCGUCGUCGACUCCGGCAGCGACGUUAUAUGGGUGCAGUGCCAGCCCUGCGCGCAAUGCUACGCGCAGUCGGACCCGGUGUUCGACCCGGCGGAGUCGUCCUCCUUCGCGGGCAUCACCUGCGACUCUCCGAUCUGCGGCAUCCUCCGCUCCGACAAGGGCGGCGGCGGCGCCUCGGCGUCGGAGGGGUGCGGCGGAGGAGGAGAAGGAGGGGGAGAGGAGGAGCGGUGCCGGUACGAGGUGACGUACGGCGACGGGUCGUACACGCGGGGCGUGCUGGCGCUGGAGACGCUGACCUUCGGGGGGUCGGCGGAGGUGCGCGACGUGGCCAUCGGGUGCGGGCAGCGGAACCGGGGGCUGUUCGUGGGCGCCGCCGGGCUGCUGGGCCUCGGGUGGGGGCCGAUGUCGCUGGUCGGGCAGCUCGGCGGCGCGGCGGGGGGCGCCUUCAGCUACUGCCUCGUGACCCGGUCCGGCGCGUCGGGGUCGUCCGGCUCGACCGGGUCGCUGGUGCUCGGCCGGACCGCGGCGGUGCCGGUAGGGGCGGUGUGGGUCCCGCUGGCGCGGAACCCGCGGGCGCCGAGCUUCUACUACGUGGGCGUGGCGGGGCUCGGGGUCGGCGGGGCGCGGCUGCCGCUCCUGGCCGAGCUGUUCCGGCUCGGCGAGGACGGGGGCGGCGGCGUGGUGAUGGACACGGGCACGGCGGUGACGCGCCUCCCCGGCGCCGCCUACGCCGCGCUGCGCGACGCCUUCGCGGCGGCCGCGCCGGAGCUCCCGCGCGCGCCCGGGGUGUCGAUAUUCGACGCGUGCUACGACCUGAGCGGGUACGAGAGCGUGCGCGUGCCGACGGUGUCGUUCUACUUCGCCGACGCGGGCGCGGGCGGGGCGGUGCUGACGCUGCCGGCGCGGAAUUUCCUGAUCCCCGUGGACGGCGGCGGCACCUUCUGCUUCGCCUUCGCGGCGGCGGCCGACGGCGGCGUGUCCAUCUUGGGGAACGUGCAGCAGGAAGGCAUCCAGAUCACCGUCGACGCCGCCAACGGCUUCGUCGGCUUCGGACCCAACACCUGCUAAUUAAUUAAGUGCUAGCCAGCUACCCAAAAUAUUCUUUCUUCAUUUCUAUCAUCCAUUCCAAUCCAACCUUGGAGCGUACUGCGUCGUUAAUUAAUUAAAAAAGUGCCUCCGUACACACAUAUCUAUAUAUAUAUAUAUAUAUAUAACGUAACGUUUUUAAGGGUGGUCGACUUUUAUAGUUUAUUUAAGGAAAAAAAAAAAAAAACUCACCAAACUUAUGUAUUUAAUAUAGGCUAUUUUGAGUAGAUUAUCUAAUCUUUUAUAAUUUUAAUUAUAUUAUUGA